GAUAGACUAAAACCCAAUUUGUAUUCCGGGUCUCCAUAUAAGGACCCAGCAAGAGGCGAAGUUCCAUUCUUCCGUUUGUCGUGUUUGAGAAGAUAGGACUGAAUUAUGGUUCGCGUCGCAGCUGCUCUUAUUUUGGCCGCCGUGGCCGCCUGUGUCUCAGCCAACGGAAUGGGACAAGGUCAGCCGCCUAAGUUCCAAUGCGCUGAAGAUGGCUUCUUUCCCGACUACUUCCGCAACUGCAUGGUCUUCUACAGCUGCGAAAGCGGCGUCAAAACCACUUUCGCCUGUGAUCCUGACAAGCGCUUUGACAGCACCCUGAAUGCUUGCCUGCCCACCGCCGAAGUGUCCUGCCCAUACCCCUCGGCUUAGAAAAAAAAAAAAAAAUCCACACUAGGAUUUUUCUGUCAUCAGGUGAUACUGAUAUGAAAACAUAAAAGAUAUGUAUUCCUG